CCAUGCCUUGCCCCUGGCGGCUAAGGCUGCUCAGAUGCUCCGCAAGCGGGCGCAGCGCUUCCUCAGCUCCGCCACAGCCCCUCUCUACCCGCCAUGGCCGCGCGCCUCGUCCGUGGGUCCCUGCGCCUCCUGGGAGCGCGCUGCGCCUGGCGCCCGCCCGCCGCGAGGUGUUCACAUUCUGGAGGGGAAGCACGUCUAGAAAGUUCCUCUGCUAAAAGAUUUACAGAUAUAGGAAUCAGAAGAAUCUUUUCUUCAGAGCACGAUAUUUUCCGGGAGAGUGUAAGGAAGUUUUUUCAAGAAGAAGUGGUUCCUUAUCAUGCAGAAUGGGAGAAAGCUGGAGAAGUGAGUAGGGAGCUUUGGGAAAAAGCCGGAAAACAAGGAUUGCUCGGUAUCAACAUUGCAGAGCAUCAUGGGGGUAUCGGCGGUGACUUGUUCUCAGCAGCUAUCGUUUGGGAGGAGCAAUGCUACACAAAUUGUACAGGCCCAGGUUUUAGUCUUCAUUCAGAAAUUGUCAUGCCCUACAUUGCAAAUUAUGGCUCGGAAGAACAGAUUAAACACUUCAUCCCCCGGAUGACUGCAGGCAAAUGUAUCGGUGCCAUCGCCAUGACGGAGCCGGGGGCUGGGAGUGACUUACAAGGAGUCAGAACAAAUGCCAAAAAAGAUGGAAGUGACUGGAUUCUCAAUGGAAGCAAGGUGUUCAUCACCAACGGGUGGCUAAGUGAUGUGGUGAUUGUAGUCGCAGUCACAAACCGCGAAGCUCGAUCCCCUGCCCAUGGCAUUAGCCUUUUUCUGGUGGAAAAUGGGAUGAAAGGAUUCAUCAAGGGACGGAAGCUACAAAAAAUGGGAUUAAAGGCCCAGGAUACUGCAGAAUUGUUCUUUGAAGAUGUCCGAUUGCCAGCAAGUGCCCUCCUUGGAGAAGAGAACAAAGGCUUCUAUUACCUCAUGCAAGAGCUCCCACAGGAAAGGUUGUUAAUUGCUGAUUUGGCAAUUUCUGCCUGCGAAUUCAUGUUUGAAGAAACCAGGAACUACGUAAAGCAGAGAAAAGCCUUUGGGAAAACAAUUGCACACAUACAGAACAGUGUGCUGCCCAUGCCAGCAGAGUCUCAUCAUCUUGUGUUUCCCAAGGCUCUUCAUUGCUAACAAUACAGCAGCUGACCUGUACCAUGUGGGUCUGUAUAAGGAAGUUGAAGCAAAGAAAAUUUACAUAACUUCAUCAAAACUACACAGACAUUCUUAAGUCCAAAAUCUACAUUCUUAACCACAUGGGUCUUGUUGCCCAAAAGUCUGAGUAAAUGGCCCUUUUUUCUUUCUAUAUUUUUGCUCACUCAGUGGGUACUGAAAUAAAAAUGGAAUGUACUAUUCUAAGUCGAGGUCCCGAUUAGUCAUAUCCUGUGUGGUUCAUGCUCUUGAUUUUAAGGGCACAGAGGAUGGGGGGGGGGUGCUUUUCCCUUGUGUGCCUGCAUAAAGGGUAUCUAGUUCUUAAUUAACUGAAAGAUUAGCUAACACAGCUCAUCUGUUUCCAUUUACAUCUGAAGGCAUCGGGUAUGUACAGCUAAUGGUGUUGUUUAAAUGACUGCUGGGCCAGGUAAUCUCCCUCAGAGUCUUCGGAUUCUAAGAGUCUGAGAUAUUUGUUACUGUGAACUCUGAAGGAGCCUCUAUCCAGUCGUCUUAGUAACUUAAAAAGAAUUUUUAAAGUGCUAGGUGCGGUGGUACCGAUUAGCAGAUGUUAGUAACUGCUGAAGAUAUUGCUGUGAACUUGUUGAUCAUCCAUCGGGAACGCUUGCCUCACGCUGUGUGGUGCUGCUGUUAGCUCCCAUUCUCUAGAGGAUGGCUUCAGGACACACGGCGCAGUGUCUGCAGUGAAGGGCAAAGGCCAGGCUGCUUCUGUUAGGUGGCGCUCAGCUCAGCGCCAAGAAUAUGUAAAUAUGCAAUCCCUUUAUCUGCAGAGAGUAAAUUAUGUACUCUUGGAGGCAUUAAUUUUUCUCAGAGCUCUGGACCUCCCUGAAUGCCAGGUUUUAAGUGACUCCAUCCUGGUGUGAAAUUUAACUUGAGCUUCUGGAAUCUCCCACCACUCCCAUGGGAAUAGUUCUCAUGUGAGAGAAUCGGGCUUCUCUCACACGUAAAUUCUCAAAUGUGGCAUUCUGGUGGGCAAAAAUGUCUUGAGCUUUGUCAGAUUCUCCUUUAUUUUCCAAA